AUGGCAACUACGGAAUCAUAUCACUCUGGGACACCAAGAGUCCGCCGUCUAUCUAAUGUGUCCUCAACCAGGGAGGAUCUGGUCAAUGGACCAAACGUGGUUGUGCCACCAAAACACUUGAUGGCUAGCACGGCUGCCUAUGAAACCGCAAAAUCCAUCGGCGUCGCCAAAUACCAUCUAGAAGAGGAGAACUCAUCUGCCGAAGUCACACCCAGAGCCGUAUCCCCAGUUAGCGGAGUCCCGGUCAUAGCAACUGAUAGGUAUGCCUUCGCCUUCGAUAUUGAUGGCGUCCUUAUCCGUGGUGGAAAGGCAAUUCCCGCAGCCGUGGAAGCCUUGAAAGUGCUGAACGGAGAAAACAAGUAUGGAGUCAAAGUGCCAUACAUCUUUGUCACAAAUGGUGGAGGCAAGACCGAGGAAGAGCGAUGCCUUGAUCUCAGCAGGCAACUCGAAUAUGACGUUUCACCUGGCCAGUUCAUCUGUGGACACACUCCCAUGCGAGAGAUGGCAGAGAAGUAUAAAACAGUUCUCGUUGUUGGCGGUGAAGGCGAAAAGUGUCGCAUUGUAGCAGAGGGUUAUGGUUUCCGUGAUGUCGUGACGCCUGGGGACAUCAUCAAGACAAACAAGGAUACCACUCCGUUCCGAAAAUUGACCGAGGAAGAGUACAAGAACUCCCGUGUUCGCGACUUUGACAAUCUGGUCAUCGAAGCAAUUUUUGUGUUCGCAGACAGCAGGGAUUGGGCUGGUGAUCAGCAGAUCAUCCUUGACUUGUGCAUGUCCAAGGGUGGCAAGAUAGGGACACGCUCGGAGACCUUCGAGGAGGGCCCACCAGUAUACUUCUCCCACAAUGAUAUCGUCUGGUCAACAUCUCAUGAGCAUACCCGUAUCGGUAUGGGAGCUCUCCGAGCGUCUGUCGAAGCUCUAUUCAAGGCCGUCACCAGAAAGGAGUUGAAGACCAUUGCGUUCGGCAAGCCUCAACUUGGCACAUUCCAGUUUGCCACAAGACUUCUGCAGCAAUGGCGAAAGGAGACCCAUGGCAUCAACUCCCCACCACAGACAGUGUAUUUCGUUGGGGACACCCCUGAAUCGGAUAUCCGUGGUACAAACGAGUACAACGAGUCCGAUGUGAGCGAGACUCUCUGGUACUCGAUUCUGGUUGAGACAGGAGUCUUUGAGAAGGGGACAACCCCACGCUAUGCACCAAAGAAAAUAGUUCCCAACGUGCUCGACGCUGUUAACUUCGGUAUGAAGAGGGAGUUCGAAAAAGCUCUUGAGGAGACCGAACCCAAAAGGCCAGAGGCUGAGUAG